AAGGGCAAAGUACGUGGCAAGAGCGACGACAUCACAGACCUUCUGCUGGCGGCGCUGGAGGCCACGGAGGACAGCUCGCUCCAGGCGGCGCUGACAUCACAGAUCUCGCGCUUGGGGGCCAAGGCGGAGGCCUCCGGAGGAACGCCGAACACAUGCACGAUCAAGCAGUUCAAUCAGUCAUCAGGCUUCGCUCGAAUCUGGCUGCAGCGGAGCUCAAAGAAGAAUCUGGCCAGGAAGCUCGCGGAGGCUGAUCAGGCCAAGAAAGCAGCCGCCACCGCCCUCACGAAGGCCGAGGGAUUGGACAAGCCCCAGGGCGUGAAGGGCGACGACGACACGGAGACGCCGAAGUUGUUCACGCUGCAGUGGGACCAGGCCUUCUUCGACCAG